AUGGCAGGAAUCUUUAUCUAUUUGCAGUAUCUCCUGGGACGGUGUCUCUAUCGCAUUCGUGGCCACGAUGCGGGAUUGAUCAUCCGGACUGCAGCCUUUGAGAACCUCCCACUGUCGAAUAUGCAGCUGGAAGCCACAGAAUGCGGACCGUCCGGUGCACCGAUGCUCCCACACCACACUUGCUUAGCUGCCGAUAAGAAUGGUAGCUUCCCGGAACUCCACUGGACCCCUCCUCCCAAGGUCGAAGUCAAAGAGUAUAUCCUGAUCUCCGAGGAUAUUGACCCGCCCAUUCCUCGCUUCGUUGUCAUGCAUGGCCUGUUUUAUGCCAUUCCACCUACGAUUACAGGGGUGCUGCCAGACGAUACUGAACAGGACAGAAACACAAAAGACCAUGUUACCCGGUCUGGCUGGAGAUUUGUCCCCAAUCUACUCGGAAACUCCUACAAUGGACCUGCCCCACCCUUAGGACACGGCUCUCAUCGAUACAUCUUUACUGUCGUUGCCCUCAGCGAGUCCCUUCGGUUCGAUCGUUCACAACGGGUCAGCCAAAAAAAGAUCACAAAAGCGAUGGCUGGCAAAGUCGUCGGAUGGGGUCAGUGGGUUGGGCACUUCGAACGUCCCUGGCCUAGUUAG